GAUCAUAAUGGUGUGUGGGGGCAGACAGUCCAUCCAACUCGGUGUGCAGAGUCAACAAGCAUCGGUGCAAACUGAGAAGCGACAAGCUUCGUUGUCCACAUCGAAGGAUUAGAUGAGCGGAUGUCACCUUAGCAAAGAGGGCUUAAAAUGACUGCAGAGAAUGCUUAGAACUACGAGCGAUGCUUCUUUUUGGGUCCCGUCCAUGUAUUUUUCGGAUUGAGAUUGCGACAAGUACGAUAACUGCAGCGAGCAACCAUCGUUCGUUCACCCACUGUACAUCCCGAUGAAUCUUUGGAAACACGGCAUACUACACUCGAGGUUGGAUCGAAGGUCGUUUACGCCGUGACACACCUCCAAACAACAUUUAUUUCUGCAUGAAGACCCAUCUGUUGUUGUCAUCUAUUAAUCCUCGAGACCUUGGCUUCGUUGUAACCUCUUACUCCUUGUGCAUGUCACUUGCAGUGGAGAUCGGCUCUUUGAAGCCCCCCCUUAGAGCUUAAGCAUAUCUUGCUCGAUCUGCAGGUCGGGAUCCGACUGAGAUGGGUCGAUCACCAUGCUGUGACAAGGUGAACCUGAAGAAGGGACCUUGGACUGUGGAGGAAGACCAGAAGCUGCUCGCUUAUGUUGAGAAGCACGGCCAUGGGAGCUGGAGAGCGUUGCCCGCCAAAGCCGGACUGCAGAGGUGUGGGAAGAGCUGCCGGUUGAGAUGGACCAACUACCUUCGACCGGACAUCAAAAGGGGGGAGUUUAGCCCGCAGGAGGAGAAGACCAUCAUCCAACUCCAUGCUCUUCUUGGGAACAGAUGGUCCGCGAUCGCCAGCCAUCUGCCCAAGAGAACCGACAACGAGAUCAAGAACUACUGGAACACCCACCUGAAGAAGCGGCUGGCCAAGGUGGGCAUCGAUCCUUGCACCCUCAAGGCCACCAGCAACACCCUCAGCUCCGCCGACGGCCGACCCAGGAGCGCUGCCAACCUCAGCCACAUGGCUCAGUGGGAGAGCGCACGCCUCGAAGCCGAGGCCCGCCUGGCGAGGGAGUCAAAGCUGCGUGCAGCUUCCGGUUCCAUGAACCUACAGCAGCAGCAGCAGCAGCAGCAACAGAUGAGAUCCUCGUCGUUGGGCGAACCCAUUUCAUCUCCCUGCCUCGACGUGCUCAGAGAACGGAAGAACACUCCAGGCGAAAACGUCGACCUGGAGUCACCCACCUCCACGUUGAGCUUCCCGGAGAACCGUCCUCCAACGACGGAGUCCGGCACCGGGCUCGUGGACGGCGAUGUGGCCGUCGCACCGGCGAGCCAGCAAGGAAGCGAGAACUCGGAGCCAGAAGGCGCGGAGUGGAGAUUCUCGGGAAAUGAUACAACGGACUGCCUCACAGGCUUCUCUGUCGAGGCCUUCGAUGGGGAGGCGCCAUGGCUAUCGGAACCGUACGCUUCGCAGGCAGGGUGUUCAUGGGGGCAAUUCGGAGCAGGAUUCACCGGAAUGCUGUUGGGUGAGUUCGGGGAGCAGAAAACUCGGGACCACUCCCGAGAUUCCCAUACGAAUGGGCACGAGACCUGCGCCGACGAGGAAGAAGAGGAGGGGGAGGAGAACCGGAACUACUGGAACAGCAUUCUUAACUGGGUCAACUCUCCCUCCUCCAGUUCCUCCCCGGUGUCCUACAACCCAGAUUAAGGCACUUCCCUCGCGUCUUUUACGUACAUCUUCCACGCCAUGAACCACUAGGCAAUCACGUAUCCUCCCUCUGAGAUCGAACCUGUCUCGAUACUCUCGGAACCACACCGAGAUUAGAUAAAACAAUAAGAAAACGCUGAGAGAUUGUUCAUUCUCUCGCUCUCUCUCCUUCCUUUCAUUUAGUUGUGUUUAUUUCCUCUCAUGAUUUGCUAUAUAUCCUGCAACUCUGCUUGCAAAUCUUAACACAGAAUUCAUUGCACGAGAUUCGAACUGGA